GAUACCUACAACUCCCAUCUCUAAUCUCAGAAUUCGGCGAACGGAGGGCGUUUAAAAACAACGAGAUUGCCGUUAUUUAUUGGUGCCUCAAGCCACAGAAUCUCAAAAAAUGGGCCUUAAAGGUUGUGAAGUCCAAUUGGACAACCCAUGGAACACCUACUACGCGGGCCAAACGGUCAACGGACAGGUGAAAUUUACAUUUGACUCGCCAAAAAAAGUUCGAGGCAUCAUCAUUCGGUUCUUAGGUGAGGCCAACACCGAGUGGACAGAGGAGAAAAGUGUGACCACCAGCGAGGGAAAGUCGGAGAACGAGGUGACCCACUUAAAGGGUCACGAGGAGUACUUCAAGAUCCAGUACUAUCUGCUGGGUGGCAAAAACAGCUCUGAGACUGAACUUCCGCCUGGCACACACACUUAUCCUUUUACUUGCGCACUGCCGCCGAAUCUGCCCUCCUCCUUUGAGGGUGAAUUCGGCCAUGUGCGCUUCACCAUAAAAGUGACGCUUGACCGUCCCUGGAAAUUCGAUCAGGACAUGAAGAUGGCCUUUACGGUUAUAGCACCCGUUGAUCUGAAUCUCAAUCCACGCGUCAAGGAACCAUUUAAACUGGAGCUAGAGAAAUCCUUUUGCUGCUUCUGCUGCCGGUCCGGACCGCUGACCGUUAUUACGAGCAUACCACAAACUGGUUUUGUUUCGGGCCAGGUGCUGCCCAUCACCUGCGAGGUGGACAACACCAGCAAUGUGAAUCUCACAGCAGUGAAGUUUGAACUGCGAAAACUGGUCACCUUUCAUACAAAUCAGCCGAGGAGCGAGAAGCGAGAGUCCAAGGUGAUAAUAGGCAACUUAAGUGUUGGCCCCGUCAAUGGAGGAGAAUCUCGCACCUUUACGCAGCAACUGGAGAUACCUGCGCUGCCACCGACCAACCUUCUUAACUGCGGCAUUAUUGCUUUGGACUAUGACCUCCACGUAGAUUGCGAUGUCAGCGGUCCGCACCGUAAUCUUACCGGCAAAGUGCCAAUCACCCUGGGCACCAUUCCAUUGGCGGGGGUAAGGCCGCCCGCCCAGUUUACGGAUAACCCAUCGGCCGUCCAGUCCGAGGAUCCAUCGCUAGCACCUACUCAGCCGGUGAGUCCGGCUAGUCCUCCGGGAGGCGAUGGCCAGGGCGGUGCCCUGGGCUGGAAUGUGGCCGACAGCACUGGUGGCGGUGGUUCGCUGUAUCCCAAUAUUCCGCCACCGCAGUUUGUGGAGACCCAGUACCGGGCGCCGACCAUCGCCGGGCGCGACGACUCUGAGCAUACACAAAUGAUCGGCGACGGAGCCUUCGCACCCCGCUAUCCGACCUUCCAGUUCAAUAAUGCCACGGCACCGCCAGCGAACCAGUAAUCAAAUCUCUGAACCAGACUCACAAUGAUAUUCUGAAGCUCUUGUCUAUAGAAGUUCGUGGACAGGAGUUCGAUUUAAGAUGUAAUUGCUCGUUUUUUCUUUCGUAAUUUCAAUCGGCUUGCAUUUAUUGAAUAAAAGCUUUCCGUCCUUAACGAAGGCACGAACAGCUGCAGUCAAAAUAAUACAAACGUUUACAAAAAAUGUUAAAUACGGUUUUGUUUGUUAUUUUAUUUAUAGAAUACAUAUAUAUUUUUGAAAACAAAAAAUUUAAAUAACGUUCUAUUAGUAGAAGUUAAGCUAGUAAGCCUAAAAAAAUCAUAGAUCCAAUCUAUUGAAGAUAUUUCAGUUUGUAUACCAGUAAAUUUAGUUAUUUUACACCAUGUUGUUUAAAGUUGCCUAGGUAUUAAAAGGCUAAAAUAUAAAAUCUAUUGUUUUGACUGCAUCUGGAUAUUUAAUCGUAUAAAUACGCACAAUUUACUCGAUUCCGAUUUAAAAAUGCGAUCGCUCAGCUCAAAAUUAUUUUUUUCUCAUUUUAUAAGCCCGCAACAGUGCCUGAAACUGAUGUACGACUAUUAUCGUAAUAAAACAAAUAAUUAAUGAA